AUGCUUUCUGGCUUCCUUACGACCUGCCGUGGGCAGAUCAAGACGAAGGUUCGCCAGUCUCCCAAUUUCGUGGGCCCCGCUGCGCUCACCACCCUGUUCGAUUUGCACCAGCUGGUCCUGUCCAUCGGAUCUGCCGCCGUCAACAACACAUCGAGCAACUCUCAGGGCAGUGGUGUCGGAGAUGGUCAGGACCGCGCUCAGUCGAAUGCUCAAGAAGUUAACGAAGACUCAGAGUUUGAUUACGACGCCAGUGAGUUCUGGAACUUCGUCGACAACGAGCUCGCCAUGCUGCGAAACGUCAUCAAAGAGGAAAAUGAGACUCCCCAAGCCCAGGAGGUGGCAUUGACGCGGGUUAGUGACGGAGGACCUUCUGCCUACGAGCGCAAGAACAUGGCCCCUCCUUCGAAGCCGGUCAAGAUGGCGCCCCCGUUCCCCUUGCAAGCAGUUCUCGAGAAUGUCAGGGUUUGGAAUCUGUGA